UCUCAACGCACAAACAGCAAAGAUAGAUAGAUAGAUAGAGAGAGAGAGAGAGACAAAGGGCAGAAGGGAAUACAAACGACAAGCGAAGAAGAAGAAGAAGAAGAAGAAGAAUAAGAGGAAGAAAGAUCAAAAUUUUUUAUCUAAAUAUUUUUCUGUAGCUCCAUAAUCAGCUUCAACAUCUAUCCAUCAAUCGUAUCUCUUAUCAAAUUAGCUAAAAAAACUCGCUGAUUUAUAACUUUUUUAUUAAAUUAUUGAAGAGGUUGUACUAAUUUGCUGAGAGGAAAAGCUGGAGACGGAGAAUUGACGGUGUUUUGGGGAAUUAGGUUUUUUUUUUUUUGGCUGGUGGGGGUGUGAUGGGGUUGGGGAAUAGUGAAAACGAUGUGGUUGUUGAUGAUGGAGAUGGCGGAGAUGUAGGCGUUGGCUGUGCUGGAGGAGGACGCGGGAAGUCGUUUGGGUCUGUUUCAUGUUCGAUUUGCCUUGAGAUGGUCACUGAUAACGGGGAUCGAUCGUGGGCCAAGCUUCAAUGUGGACAUCAAUUUCAUUUGGAUUGCAUUGGUUCAGCAUUUAAUAUAAAGGGAGCUAUGCAAUGCCCUAAUUGUCGGAAAAUUGAGAAGGGCCAGUGGCUCUAUGCAAAUGGUUGCCGGUCAUUGCCAGAAUUUAGCAUGGAUGACUGGACCCAUGAUGAGGACCUUUAUGAUCUAAGCUACUCUGAAAUGUCCUUCGGAGUUCAUUGGUGUCCAUUUGGUAGUUUAGCACGACUUCCAUCGUCCUUUGAGGAAGGGGAAUUUUCAUCAAAUGCAUAUCAUGAUCUACUAGGACAGCAUGCUAUCUUCGCAGAACACACAGCAGCUGUAUCAUCAGCUACUCAUCCAUGCCCAUAUAUUGCCUAUUUUGGACCAAUUCAUCCAUCAUCUUCCAACCCCAGUGGAAGUGUUUCUGACGGUUCAAAUUUUAAUAAUCACUGGAAUGGUCCAUCCGUACCUACUGAGAUUCAUAAUUCUUAUGCUUUUCCCGCCAUGGACCUAAAUUAUCAUGGUUGGGAGCACCACUCCCAUCCCUUCUCUGCAGCCAGUAAUCGCAUUGGGACUCCUGAUCAGCCUUCAAUUCCAUCCGCUACUCAAAGGCCAGCCAGAAGCAGUUCUGAUCUUCCAAGAUCAGCCUCAUUCAUGCAUCCUUUCCUUGUUGGCCACAGUUCUGCUACUAGAGCUGGAAGCUCAGUGAUUCCCCCUUACCAAGGCAGUAAUGCCCGGGCUCGUGAUAGAGUUCAAGCUCUUCAAGCCUACUAUCAACAACAACCUGGAAAUUCUACAGCAAUUCGCACACCCAUUGUUUCUGGUAUGCGAAGAUCCAGCAGUCACAGAGGUUUGUCUCAAGCAGGAGCAGUGGCCUCAUCAUCAGAUCAGACUGGGUUCUAUUUCAUCCCACCAGGUACAUCAGGUCGUAAUUACCAAGAAGCAGAAAAUCCACCAACUAGAUAUCGGGCCUGGGAAAGAGAUCACUUGCCUUCGUUCUCAUUAAGUCAGGUUGACAGAGAAUCAAAUUGGAUUGCAUUUCAUCAGGCUGCAGGGGGGUCAGAUGGCAGCAUCAGAUCAAACAGCUUUCGCCAAAGGCAUGGAUCUGAGAGAAUGUCAUAACAAAAUGGAUCAUAGCUUUUUUUAUUAUCCUUUUGGGUGAAGCAAACUAUAUACUGAAACCAAAGUUAUGUAUGCUUGAGAAACGAUAUAUAAUGCUUGGGGUCUGUCGAUCACAAGAGACUGAAAAAUACUGUGCAGUGGCCCUGAAAACGAUCUUUUUUGGCAGCCACCUGGUGUGAUGAACUUUGGCAUCCUCUAGUUUCUUUGCCUUGGAGGUUAUAAAAUAAGAUCAUAUGUUGGAUA